CUUUACCCUCACAAUCAAGCCAUAUUACUGAAUGUCCCAUACGGGCCGUCAGAAUGGCCGCCAGCUUUGGGGAGAAAUUGCUGGGCGAGGUCUAUGAGGAGGGUCUGGAUGAGCUCUUGCAUGACUUGAAUUGCCUCUAUGAGAGUAGCAAUAACACUCCAAGAGAGCGCCUAGGAAUCCAGGCACUUGACGACUUGCUGGGAGUCUUUGUACCUUCUCCUACUGCAGUUCCCGGGGUACAAGCGCAAUACCAGCCUCCAGAGCCGACCAUUCGGGCCGACCUAGACAAGCAGGAGCAGGAGCAGGAGCAGGUCUCUCAUGAAGAGCCCAUCCAAUCCCAGCUAGGACAUGAUUCAAAUACAUACUACAGAGAACAAUUCCACCCACCAGUCCGUAUAAAGAGUACAGACCCAGUGGUGGAAAUUUCGAGCACGUCAUCUGGUGCAGGCAAGACUCAGACACUGUAUUAUCUGGCUGCCGUCGCGAUUUUACCGUCCGAGUUCAACGGCGCCAAGCUCAAUGGACGAGAGUCUGCGGUAGUCUUCAUCGACUCGGACGGCCGCUUCGAUGCUGGGCGACUUUUGACCGUAGCUCGGGGCAUUGUCCACAAGAAGCUCAAGAGCCAGCAUGAGCGUGCAGUGUCUACUAGCGCAUCAGCUACAGAAGGUGUACUGGAGUAUUCACAAGAAGACCUUGAUGCCCUGUUGGUAGCCUCUCUGCAACAUGUCCAUGUCUUCCGCCCUCAGUCUUCCGUGGCCCUUCUGUCUACUUUGCAAUCCUUGGAUGCCUACCUCCUUGACCUGGCGCGGCACUUUUCAUCUAGUCGCCCGCUCCAUGCCAUUAUCGUCGAUAGCGCAAGCGCCUUCUUCUGGCAAGACAAGCUACACGACGAAGUUGCUCGGACGGAGGACAUCGGGCGUCCCUACGAUGAGAUCGAGUGCGAAAGACGCGAAAAGAAGAGUUUCUACCUGUUUGAUAUGUACGCGGAUCUCGUCACGGAAUUGAAACGGUUACAGCGACGCUUUAGCUGCGCAGUAGUUUACACUACCAUUGCGUGGAGCGGCCGGUCCAUUCCCGGUCAGCUGUCUACGCCUAGACCUUCUGGGCCUUUUGCCCUGUUCGAUCCGUCGGAUGUCCCCGCUUCAAGGACCCCGUCUUUUCGGUCUUCACUUCCUGGGCCCUGGGGAGUGUUUCCGACUAUACGGCUGGUUGUUCAGCGGGAUAUGGUGAGACCUUUCCCCCCUACGAUGACAGCCAUUGAGGCGCAGCGACAGGCUCCGAGGCGGCAGGAGGUCGUCUUGAAGGGGCGGUUCGUGGGAUGGGUCAAUGGCUGGGGACGCGAGGAUUGGCCUCGAAGAGUGGUGAAGGGACUGGAGGAGAAAAGUGGAGGCAUGUUUGGGUUUUAUGUCGGGAUGGAUGGAGUUGAUUUCGAUUAAUAUCUAUGUUCUGUCUAAGCCGCAAUGUAUGUGCACCG